AUGGACUAUACAGUCUAUGGGAAUCUCCCGGCUAGAAGACUGGAGCGGGCAGGAAUACCCGGCGGGCUGCCGGCCGGGGUUGAGCCGUGGCGGGGCCGGCAGGCGCGCGCUCGGCCGGCAGGGGGCGUGGGGCUCCGGGCCCGAGCCCGGGGGCGUGGCCCCGCGUCCUUGACUGACAGCGGAGGAUNGCUCCUGGCCUCGGCCGUGGUGGUCUGGGAAUGGCUGAACGAGCACGGGCGCUGGAGGCCCUACAGCCCCGCGGUGAGCCACCACAUCGAGGCGGCGGUGCGCGCCGGCCCGCGCGCCGGCGGCAGCGUGGUGCUGGGCCAGGUGGACCGCCGGCUCGCGCCCUACAUCAUCGACCUGCACUCCAUGAACCAGUUUCGCCAGGACACGGGGACCCUCCGGCCAGUCCGGCGCAACUACUACGACCCCGCCUCGGCGCCUGGGAAGGGCGUGGUGUGGGAGUGGGAGAACGACCACGGCUCCUGGACGCCCUACGACAUGGACGUGGGCAUCACCAUCCAACACGCCUUCGAGAAGCAGCGGCCCUGGAUCGACCUGAGCCCCAUCGGCUUCGGCUACGUCAUUGACUUCGGCACCAUGGGCCAGAUCAACCGGCAGACGCAGCGCCAGCGCCGCGUGCGCCGCCGCCUGGACCUCGUCUACCCGCUGGCGAUUCGGAGACAAGCCUCCUGCGUGGUGUCAGGGGCGGCCCCCGCAGGCUGCCCCGCCAGCCCCCCGGGGGCCAACGGCAAGGCCGGCCGGGCGGCCCUGGCCACCUUGAAUCGGACCAGCCUGCAGCGACUGGCCCUCGCCCAGUCCCGGGUGCUGAUCGCGUCUGGGGUGCCCACUGUCCCGGUGAAGAACCUGAGUGGGUCCAGCCCCGUCAACCCUGCGCUGGCAGGGAUCACUGGGAUCCUCAUGAGCGCGGCAGGGCUGCCCGUGUGUCUCACCCGGCCACCAAAGCUGGUCCUUCACCCACCCCCCGUCAGCAAGAGCGAAAUUAAAUCCAUCCCCGGGGUUUCCAACACAAGCCGCAAGACCACCAAGAAGCAAGCCAAGAAAGGGAAAACCCCAGAAGAAGUGUUGAAGAAGUAUCUGCAGAAAGUCCGGCAUCCGCCAGACGAGGACUGCACCAUCUGCAUGGAGCGCCUCACGGCCCCGUCGGGCUACAAGGGCCCCCAGCCGACGGUCAAGCCGGACCUGGUGGGCAAGCUGUCCCGGUGCAGCCACGUCUACCACGUCUACUGCUUGGUGGCCAUGUACAACAACGGCAACAAGGAUGGGAGUUUGCAGUGUCCGACGUGUAAGACCAUUUAUGGGGUGAAGACGGGCACGCAGCCUCCGGGGAAAAUGGAGUACCACGUCAUCCCCCACUCCCUGCCUGGGCAUCCGGACUGCAGAACCAUCCGGAUCAUCUACAGCAUCCCCCCCGGCAUUCAGGGGCCAGAACACCCAAAUCCUGGGAAAAGCUUCAGCGCCCGUGGCUUCCCUCGACACUGUUACCUCCCGGACAGCGAGAAAGGGAGAAAGGUCCUGAAGCUGCUGCUCGUGGCCUGGGACCGCCGCCUCAUCUUCGCCAUCGGGACAUCCAGCACCACGGGCGAGUCAGACACCGUCAUCUGGAAUGAGGUCCAUCACAAGACAGAGUUCGGCUCUAACCUCACCGGCCACGGCUACCCAGACGCCAACUACCUGGAUAAUGUGCUGGCCGAGCUGGCCGCCCAGGGCAUUUCCGAGGACAGCGCUGCCCAGGAGAAGGACUGAGCUGGGGGGGACGGGCUUCGGGCUGGCAGGGGUGUGGGGACCACAGGGCAAGAAGUGAGGGGAGUCAGGGUGGAAGCUGGUACCAUGCCCUCCCGAGCCCCCUGUGCGGGCUCCAUCCCCCAUCCUUCCGGCCUCAGCGGGGAGCCAGAGUGAAUAAGGGGAUGUCAUUCACAAACCUCAUCCAACAUGCAGGGGCCACGGGACGGGGUGAGGGCCGCCUUCCGUUUGUUCCCGUGGAGUUUCGGUGCUGGGUAGGCAGGGACUCCUCCCCUCACAUUCCCCACCAGCAGGGGGCACAGUCAGCACAUGUGGGGUAGGGCACCCCUUACCCUGGCCUUGUGAAGUCCAAGGCGCUCGUCUCUGCCGGCUUCUUGCUGCUUCCACUCUGCUUGGAGAGCAGAGUCUCUACUUUUCUCUCCUCCCCUGAAGGUGAGGAGCUCUCACUGUGCAAGACUGAGGGGCAAAGGGGUGAACCGCCGAACUGCUGCGACAUCGGCAGCCGAUGCCUCGAUGUACAGCGAGGAAGUGCUUCUCGCUAAGAAGGUUCAAGCAGCGAGGGCUUCCGGGAGCAUCUCAGCUCCCGUCACUGUCCUGGCUGCUCCCGCCUCCCGCCCACCCCUCUGCCCUGUCCAAAGAGGCAUCCGAUUCUCUUAUGCAGACGGAAGGACUCUGGGAUUCCUCUCAGGGGCACGAUGUAUCCCGCCCCUCUCUGAUCAGACCAGAGCCUGCGUCCCACUUAGCGUCUGAAUUAGUCCUCAGGGAGAGGAGCCCAGCCCUUCCAACUCAUCCCAGACCAGCUCAGAGAUUCCGUGUGAUUCAUCCAGUCACUGUGAGUGGGGCCCAGGCUGGCCUUCGCGCCAUCUGUGGGCGUUGUGUGUGCGCAUGUGAGUGUGCACGCCGCUCAGCCAGGCUCCGCCGCUCAGCCAGGGUGGCGGAGGGUCCCAUCAUGAUCUCACACUCUGGUUCUGCAAACUGUCGGACCCCAGUUCUGAUGGGAAUGAAACAGCCAGGAGGCGGUCUGUGGACGUGCCUCACCGUCUGACAUCCGUCCGUAGUCAACGUGAACCCAGACCGAGACAGAGCUGUGCUUGGGGGAUGCGUAGGGUGCAGGCUGGACGGACCCCUGUGUAUCUCUCUCUCAGAUAUACAGGCCGGAUCUGAGCCUGUCCACGAGGACCUCAGCGGGUCUCCGUGCACGUUGUCUAAUGAGCCUGGAGGGGGUGCAGGGACCCUCAUCUCCCUCUUCAAUGACCGGCUGGCCCAGUGCAGGAGGGAGCCUCCAGCCCUUUCCAGCAGGGUCGGGACCACCUUGGGGUCCAGUCCAACCUAUGUCCGGGUUAUGUCCCAAGACCCUGCCUGUCCUCUCCCCAACAUUCCCUUCCGCUCCCAUGAAGGAGACAAUUGGGGGUCAGAGAGGAAAGAUGGGGGGUGAAGAAGGGAACCCCAAUUCUGCCGCCUUUGAAAGUGGAUCCUCUGAACUCCGUGUUUGGGGAAAGUUCCUCUGGAUCCUGAUUCAAAUUUAUAUACCUCGUGUCUGGGGGUCUGACAUAUAUAUGUAUAUAUAUAUAUAUAUAUAUAUAUAUAUAUAUAUAUACACACACACAUAUAUUUCAUAGUAUUUGGAAGGUUUUCAAUGCUAGAGAAAUGGAAAAGCCUUCAGACGCGGUACUGAAGUUAGAAGCGGCAGCGAAGCUUCUCCGAGAGCCGGCUCAGUGUCCUGCUCUCAGGCCUGCAGACAUUCUGACGGGAGGUGGCCAGGGGGUUCGCUCGGGUGUCACCCCGUUCCUGGGGUGCACUGGUGCUGAGCUCGUCCUCCUCUUCCACGUGGCGGAAGACGUGAAAGUUUUAGUCGCCAAGUUGUUCUGGGGAUAUCAGUUAGCUCCAGCGAAGGGCGCUCUGGCGGGAGGCCUUCCAGCCUCACCCAUCAGUCAUUUAUCUCACCAGCAGACCAGGAGACUGGCCUCCAGCCCACUGCACUUCCGGGCAGUUUCCUGCCGCAGCCGGGAAGGAAAUAUCCGAACUCAACGGGAGAGCCAUCCCUUAGCGUUUGAUGUCAGCCCAAGCCCGUUGCCGGACCACCCUGUGCCAGAGAUGGGCUUCAUCGUAAGCCCGGUCACACCCCCACCCUCCUUUGGCAUCCUUGUCCAAGAUCUCCAGGCUCCUCACUCACAGGAACGCGGAAACACACCCACAGUCGGCGGGUAGACAGAGCGCUGUGGCGGGAGGUGGGGCGAGAAGGGAGACUGGUAACUGGCAGAGAGACUGAUUUCCCUGGGUCGGGCGGAAGAAGGUGCGGGUGGAGAAGGAGCCGGGCCCAGGGCAGAAAGAAGAGGCUGCAGGGAAAAGGCAGGCAGGCGGUGACCCUUUGAGAGUCGUUUUCACACCCUCCAGCCUCCUGCUCUCAGGAUGCCGACUGUACUGAUGGCCUGUGUCUCUUCCCGAGAUGCUCGUAGGGGCUACCUCAUCUGCUGCUCUUCUAGUGGGACUUUCUGGGCAGAAGGAAUCGUUCAUGUCCCUUAUAACACUGUGCCAGGCGAGGAGGGUGGGAGGGGCAUGCCUCUGCCCUCUCUCUCAUGCCAACCUGGAAAGGUACAGCCCUGGGUUGGGCG